AUGGGAGUCACUAAACUUUGGACUAUUCUUGAGGAAGCUUCAAGAUUUGUUAAAUUAGAGAGUCUUUCUGGGAAAAUUUUAGCAGUAGACGCCUCUAUAUGGAUGUAUCAAUUUCUUAAAGGAUUUAGGGACAAAGAUGGGAAUUUUAUUAAAAAUGGACAUAUUAUUGGAUUUUUUCGAAGAAUAUGUAAACUGUUAUUUUAUGGGAUUAAACCAAUCUUUGUUUUUGACGGAAAUAUUUCAGUUCUUAAGGAAAAUAUUAUUAAAAAGAGAACAGAAAAGAGACUUAAAUAUGAUGAAAAUUCAGAAAAAUUAGCAGAGAAAAUAUUUUUAUUACAAAUGAAGAAAACUGUCCAAAAAGAUAUUCAGGGAAAAAAACAGAACAAUAAAUUAAAAAAAUCUCCAUAUUUUGAAAACAUGGAGAAUUUAUCUAAAGAUAUUGAAAUCAUACAGAAAAAUGGAAAUAGGGAUAUUUAUAAUCUUCCUAGUCUUAAUGUAUCUUUUGAACAAAUUCAGCAGUCAGAUGAUUUUAGAAUGACAAGUCAGGGGAAUAUACAAGAAUCAAUACAUAAUUUUACAAAUGAAGAUCUUAAUUCCCUCGAUUUUUCGAAAAUUGACUAUGAUUCUGAUUUUUUUAAGUCUUUAUUACCGGCAGAUCAAUAUAAUAUCUUAAAUAUAGCGCGUCUGAGAUCAAGACUUCGUAUGGGAUUAAGAGCAGAUGAACUUAUGACGAUGUUUUCGAAUUCUAUGGAGUUUUCUAAGUUUCAAAUUACUAAAGUUAAAGAAAGAAAUGAUCUAACUCAAAGAUUACUUAAUUUCAAUGAAAUAAAUAAAGCGGGCGCUUUAAGGGUUGUUGGAGAACCGAAUAGAGAAUAUUUAUUAGUAAAAGAUGAAGAUACUAAAACAGGUUGGGUUUUGAAUUUUGAUUUAAAAAAUCAAAAGAAUCUUAUUGUUAUUAAUGAUGAGGAUCAUGAUUCCACACAUGAAGAUGAAGAGUUUGAGGAUAUACCUUUAUAUGAUAUAAAUUCAUCUCCUAUGGAAAAUAUAGGUAAUUUUUUAAUUGAUGAUUCAGAAAAAGAAAUUUUUAAGAAAACUGAUGAUUAUUAUAAAAUUAAUUGUCAUUCAUACAAUAUAAAAAAUAAACCAUUGUUUUUAGAACUUGAUGAUUUUGAUAUUAAUUUAGAAUGUAAUGAACAUGUUGAAAAAAUGAAGAGAGAUGAAAAAAAAAUUGAGCACUCGAAAAAUAAUCAAUUUAAUGAUGAAUUAAAAUUAAAUAAUAUCCGUUAUCAAUCUACUCCUAAUUCAGAGGAAAAUAUAGCUAAAUCUAGAAGAUUAAAAUCUAAUAAUAAAUUAUCUCUACCUCAAUUUGAUAUUUUCUCGAAGUCUAAUGAAAAUUCAGAAAAUCAUCUAAAAACAAAGGUUUUAGUUCCUAAAAACGAAAUUUCAAAACUAAAUCAAAAUUUUGAACCCUUAUCUAAUUUAGAGAAGUCUGGGCAUAUUUUAAAUUUAUCAAAGCCAAGUUUUAGAUAUAAUAAAAUAUCAAGCCAGAAUCUAUUAAAUAAUACUAUUUUUCUAGAGGAAAAUAUUGAAGAACCACAAGAGGUGUAUAAAUCCCGUAAUAAAAAGGAAUCUUUUAUAUUAUUUACUGAUAUUUCAACUCUUAAAGAAAAUUCAGUUUUUUUAAAUAACUUUAAAGCGCAUAAUUAUUUUGUUGAUAAAAACAUUAGUCAUGAAGAUAACUCAAAAAAAGCUCUCGAUAUUAAAAUUAAUUUGGAAUCUAUUAAGAAUAUUUCUGCUAAAAACACAUCUAUAAAAGAAACUGAUUCGAAAUCUGAUAAAUUUAUGUCUUUAUCUAUUCCUAUAGUUGAUAAUUGUUCUGAAAUAGAAUUAGUUGCGAAUAAUUAUUCUAAUUCAUCUAAUAAAAAUCAAGAAAAAAGUAAAAUAGGCGCUGACUCUAUUCAUAAUAUCUCUGACAUAGAUGAGUAUGAUGAUUAUAAUUUAGAUUUGGAAAAUGAUACAUUAACAAAUUACCUUCUUGAAGAAAAUGAAGAGCAUAAUCGUUUUUUUUCUGAAUUAAAUAAAACAAAUGAUUCUACUGAAACUAAUAUCGAGAAAGACUUAGAUCUUCUUAUGAAUAGGUAUCGAAAAACUAAGAAAAAUGCAGAUAGUGUUACACAGAUAAUGAUAGAAGAGUGCCAAAAUCUUUUAAAGUUAUUCGGAAUACCUUAUAUUAUUGCACCCAUGGAAGCAGAAGCACAGUGUGCAGAACUUCUUAAAUUGGGACUUGUAGAUGGAAUUAUAACUGACGAUUCAGAUGUAUUUCUUUUUGGUGGUACUAAAGUUUAUAGAAAUAUGUUUAAUCAUUCAAAAUAUGUCGAGUUAUAUCUUUUAUCUGAUUUAGAAAGGGAGUUUAAUCUUGGCAGAAAAAAUUUAAUUCGUCUUGCUCAUCUUCUUGGGAGUGAUUACACUGAAGGUAUUCCAAAAAUUGGUCCUGUUACUGCUCUUGAAAUUUUGUCCGAUUUUCCUAAUUCUGACAGCUUAAAUGAAUUUAAAGAAUGGUAUGAUCGCGUAAAAGAUUCUAAAGAAACUCAGGAUGAUGAAACAUCAAAGUUUAGAUAUAGAUUUAAAAAAAAUAUUUACAAUAUACUUUUACCAAAGGAUUUCCCAAAUCCACUAGUUGACAAAGCAUAUCUUGAGCCUGAGGUUGAUUCAAAUUUUAAAGACUUUGAAUGGGGAAUUCCCGAUUUAGAUAAUUUAAGAGAUUUUUUGGUAUCUACGGUAGGAUGGUCUUUACAGAAAAUUAACGAAAUGAUUAUUCCUGUCAUUAGAAAUAUGAAUUUUAAACGUAUGAAUAUGGUUCAAACAGUUUUGACAGAUUAUUGGUUUAUUGGCUCUAAUAUAUUUAUUUCAAAACCCAAAAUAUCUAAUAAAGCUACUAGAUUUACUAAGGCUUUAAAUAAUUUAAAAAGAUCUGGUAAAACAACAUAUAAUCAACAUAAAAUACUGAAUUCUGAAUCAACAUUGAAUGAAAAUAUUGCAAACGCAUCCAAAAAUUUUUUAGAAUUUGGAAAUAGUCUCAUAAAUGUUAAAAACAAGGAUUUUGAUAUUAUUAAUAAAAACAUUAAUUAUACAUUUGAUAACACUAAAAGCUUUUCUGAUAAUGCGAGCAUAAUGAAUACUCAAAAAUAUAAGAAAAAUAUAUUUUUAAAUUUAUCUCGAGAUUUAAAUGAAAAAAAAGAUAUAUUCAAGAAUAUAAAAAGAAAACAACAAGAUAUUAGUUGA